GCGCGGGGCCGCCUAGACGCGCGCGGCGGAGGGAGGGAGCCGGGAGGCCGCGGAGCAGCCACCGCCGCCAUAUUAGGGACCGCGGAGCCCGGGAUCCCGUCAGCGGUGGCCGCGGCCGGGCUUAGGGGAGCUGCAGGGACCGGAGGCGGCCGCGGCGCGGUGCCGGGAGAGGCGGGGCCGGCGCAAGCCAGCGGGCGACCGGAGCGAACCAGGCUGAGCCCGUGGCGGUGCCCUGCCUCACUAUGGACCAGGACUAUGAGCGGCGCCUGCUGCGCCAGAUUGUCAUCCAGAAUGAGAACACAAUGCCCUGUGUUACAGAGAUGCGGCGAACUCUGACGCCUGCCAACUCCCCAGUGUCAUCUCCCAGCAAGCACGGAGACCGCUUCAUCCCUUCGAGAGCUGGGGCCAACUGGAGCGUGAACUUCCACAGGAUCAAUGAGAACGAGAAAUCACCCAGCCAAAACCGGAAGGCCAAGGAUGCCACCUCGGACAACGGCAAAGAUGGCCUGGCCUACUCUGCCCUGCUCAAGAAUGAGCUACUGGGAGCCGGCAUCGAAAAGGUCCAGGACCCACAGACCGAGGACCGCAGGCUGCAACCUUCCACGCCUGAGAAGAAGGGCCUCUUUACGUAUUCCCUCAGCACCAAGCGUUCGAGCCCUGAUGAUGGUAACGACGUGUCACCAUAUUCCCUGUCCCCCGUCAGCAACAAGAGUCAGAAGUUGCUCCGGUCUCCUCGGAAACCCACCCGCAAGAUCUCCAAGAUCCCUUUCAAGGUCCUGGAUGCACCCGAGCUGCAGGAUGACUUCUAUCUGAACCUGGUGGACUGGUCAUCCCUCAAUGUGCUCAGCGUAGGGCUGGGGACCUGCGUGUACCUGUGGAGCGCAUGCACCAGCCAGGUGACCCGGCUCUGCGACCUCUCUGUGGAAGGAGACUCAGUGACCUCCGUGGGCUGGUCUGAGCGGGGGAACCUGGUGGCAGUCGGCACACACAAGGGCUUUGUACAGAUCUGGGACGCAGCCGCAGGGAAGAAACUAUCCAUGUUGGAAGGCCACACAGCACGUGUGGGGGCACUGGCCUGGAAUGCCGACCAGCUCUCCUCUGGGAGCCGCGACCGCAUGAUCCUGCAGAGGGACAUUCGCACCCCACCCCUGCAGUCAGAGCGGCGGCUACAGGGCCACCGGCAGGAGGUGUGCGGCCUUAAGUGGUCCACAGACCACCAGCUCCUCGCCUCAGGGGGUAACGACAACAAGCUGCUAGUCUGGAACCACUCAAGCCUCAGUCCUGUGCAGCAGUACACAGAGCACCUGGCGGCCGUGAAGGCCAUUGCCUGGUCUCCACACCAGCAUGGCCUUCUGGCAUCCGGUGGCGGCACAGCUGAUCGCUGCAUCCGCUUCUGGAACACGCUUACGGGGCAGCCGCUGCAGUGCAUUGACACAGGCUCCCAGGUGUGCAACCUCGCCUGGUCCAAGCAUGCCAACGAGCUGGUGAGCACACACGGGUAUUCACAGAACCAGAUCCUUGUUUGGAAGUACCCAUCCCUGACCCAGGUGGCCAAGCUGACUGGGCACUCCUACCGCGUCCUGUACCUGGCAAUGUCCCCUGAUGGGGAAGCCAUAGUCACUGGUGCUGGAGACGAGACCCUGAGGUUCUGGAAUGUCUUUAGUAAAACUCGUUCAACAAAGGUAAAGUGGGAGUCUGUGUCUGUCCUCAACCUCUUCACCAGGAUCCGGUAAACCCGCUGAGCGGGACCACACCGUACCAGUCAUCCAGGGUCAGAAGACCCCCAGCUGUCCUCAGCUUGCAUGGACCCUGCCCCUGACUCCCAGCACACAACCCCAGAGGAAGGUGGCAGGGUGGGCGGGGAGCUGGGCCCAAAGAACCCUGAACAGUCUCAUUAAACACCUGGUUGUGAACCACAUCCACCAGUAUUUGGGUUGGGCCCAUGGUCCGGGGCUCCGUCUCCCUCUCAAAGGCCAAGAACCACCACAGGUGGCCCGUGGCCCCAGUUGGACUGUUUACGCCUAGAACGGGAUGGACACCCCUGGGACCCUCGCCUGCAUCCAUCUGUGACUCUCACCUCCUGGUCGGGGCUGCAUGUUCUUCCUGGAAGCCCGUGCUUGCUGCUGCCAUCUUAGCCCAUAUCCACCUUGGACAGACAGCCGGAUACCAGGGCUUGGCAAGGCAGUGCUAAGGGGGAACUUGAGACCCCUAGCUGCCUCUUUAUAGACGUGGCCCUCUGUGUCAACCAGAUGGCGUGCAGGUCACUCAAGGGGCCAUCCCCACCUGGUUUGAAGGUGUCUUUGCUGCCAUCUGUGGUGGAAGUGUUCUGCAUGGAGCCCGUUCCCGUGGGCAGCAGGCCCCAGGUUGGGCCUGAGCAUCCUGGCUGGGCUAUUACCCUCAACGCCACAGGAGAACCUCUCCAGAGGGAUUCGUCAACUAAGGAAAGCUGAAGGGAUCUCCUCUUGCUGCACUGGUUAGGGAAUGAGCCCUUGUGUCACCAGUGGGUCCGGUGUCCUCCUUCCCCAAGCAGAACUCGAGUCUUCCUGUGCUGUGGGGUAGCUGAGAUCCCAUGAAGGCUGCAAGGUUCAAGUGACCAAGGGGCAGCAUCAUGUGUCCUACAGGUGCCUCACCGUCCUCAGCCUGGCUUGGGUGGUUCUGUCCAUCUGCACCUACCACUGUGGUGGGGAAGGGAGGCCCUUGGUCCUUCCAGAGCUUCUUGUGCUUCUCCUGACAUCUGAUCCUCAGAUACUGCCUCAUGUUCUUAUGUCUCUGACAGCAGGCAGGGGUGAGGCCGGAGUGUGGUGGCCUGAGUAGUUCUCUCUCAUGCCACUGUCCCCUCCCCCGUUUAUAAGGACAUAUAGAGAGGGUGGAGUAGGCUGGGGGGGUGGGCCGUGCAGAGUCCCAGCUGUCCCCUGGCCCCUCUACCCAGGUGUGUGCAUGUGUAUAUAUGUAUUUGUGACUUUGCUUUGGAUCUUUGUGUUUUUGUUUGACGCUAGAUGGGGAGGGACUGUGGGCCUUGCUAGGCAUCCCACCCGACCCCUGCCUGCCCACUGCUCCUGGUGAAACCGGGUCACUGGUCCAAAGCCUGCUUAUUUAGAGGAAGGUGGGUCAGCUACACUUGCCACACCAGAUAGUCUGGCAUCCAUCUCCACACGUGUCCAGCUGGCCCCCUCCUGCCACAGAAACAGUGUGUAUAUAGAAGUGUAUGUUUCAGUUGGUCCAGGUCUUACUGUUUCAGAGUAUUUUUGUUUUAUUUUUUAAUGAGAAAACAUAUCCCACCUUUACCUCUUCCUUACUCAGCCCCAUGCAGUUGCCAGAGAGCCCAGAUGCUACCAUCAGCUAGGAGGCCCUGGUCAGCUCUGAGCAUGGGAGCCAGGUGGGCCUUUGUAGGACCCUCCCCUUAGCUUUGGAACCACUGCACCACUUCAGGUCCAAAUGUAGGAGAGUGAGACAUUGUCUUUUUGCUGGGGGAUUCUGGUGACUCUGAAUGGGGCUGGGCUGCAGGAGUAGGUGGGCGGGUGCCCUGCAGGACAGAUGGAGCCUUUGCUCCCAUGUAAUGCAGUGUCACUGUCAUUAAAACAAGUUGUGGAUUCAUGCAUGGCAGGGCUGGCUGGCAUCUGUGGGUUCUGUCUGGGUGGAGCCCUCCCCUGGCUGAGUGGCCCUUCUGGAGUACAGCCCAUGCUUGGCUUUUAUGGUGGGGAAUGUGGCCCCUGCAUGCUGCAGAGACCUCACUGGGUUGUCUCUGCAGACAUAGUCCCUAAAUUCACUGCACACUGAGGAGAGGUGUCCCCUGGAUAUAUUGUCACUGGAGGUUGGGGCUGCUUGUGAUCUGAGCUUGUCCCCUGCAGGCUGGGAACCUGGGGGCACAGCAAAUGAGGGGAAAGUUGUUGGUGGGAAGAGGGGGUGGGGGCAUGCUGAGCUUGUGUGGAAGUAUACACCCCUGAUUCCCAUGUGGCCCAAAUGGCUCUGGCUAUGGGAGGAAUAGCCAUUAGGGACAUAACGGUCCCAGGGAAAGGAUGUCAGGCCUGGAGGUGGCACUGCUGACACCUCCCCCUGACAGAUGGGCUAGAGCCCAGUGGAGCAGCCUCAAGGCUUGAGAAGCCCAGAUGGAGGCAGAGGCUGCCUGAGACCCCUGGGGGUCAGGGUAUGGAGUUUCCCUGGGUCUCCAGUGGAGCUUGUGAGAUGAAGGUGGAGAGGGCUGGAAAGAUGGUGGUAUGCGGUGGGUGGAGGUCCUGAGAGAGAAUAGCAGAGGCCCAGGAUGGUGGUGCAUCAGCCCAGUGGGCCUUGCAGGAGUUUGGCUGGGCCUAGAAGGACAGAGGGAUGGUUUGGAAGUGGCUGGGAGGGCAAGGAUGCCCUGGACGUGGAGGGGCAGGGGCAGCUGGAGCCCCCAAACAGUUUUCAGGCUCAGUUUGACCAUAUUGGAGGAGAGAGAGGUGAAGGGAGGCUGCACCCUGGGCCCUUCCAUCCAGAUGAGGCUAUUUUGAGCACCUGGCCUCUGGGAGCUUGUGUGGUGGGGCCCGUUCUGGGGCAGACAGAGUCAUAAGGAACAGGCCUUUGACCGAGACGUGAGGUGGCAGCCCUGGCAGUAUGCCUGGGCCAGAAUGGCAGGGUCUGCUGUGGGGGGGACCUACAUGGGUCAGGAUGUGACCCAAGGUCAGGACCAGGCAGAGGUGGUGUUGGUUUUUGUCUUGUUUACAUUGUUUUUUAUUGUGGUAAGACAGUAACAUAUAAUACACCAUCUUAAAGGGAACCAUUUGAUGGCAUUUAGUACCUUCACAAUGUUGCACAGUCACCAUUAAUUGCAGAACAUCUCAUCAUCCCAAAAGGAAACCAUGUCCCUAUGAACAGUCACUCCCCGUCCCCUCCACAUCUCCUGGUAAUCAUGAAUCCACAUCCCUUCUCUGUGGAUCUGCCUGUUCUGGACAUUUCAUAUAAAUGGAGUCUCACACUCUGUGUCUUUCUGCGUCUGGCCUCUCACUGAGCAUGAUGUUGUCAAGAUCCACCCAUGUUGUAGCCUGUGUCAGAGCCUCCUUUGUCACAGCUGAGUUAUAUUCCAAUGUGGGGAUGGAACAUGUUGUGUUUAUCCACUCAUAUAUCAGUGGACAUGGGGUUAUUUCACGAGCACCUUUAGACUUGUGCACUGUACUGCUGUGUGUUUAUAGACACACUUCUGUCCUGGGUUUGUUUUGAACAGAGAGAAAGGACUGGUGGGUGUGAGGUGAGGAGGGGAAUCAGAGGUUGGGGAGCCCUCUCAUGGGGAUGCAGAGAGGGAGCUGUGGGUGCUGAGCCCCCAGGUAAAGGGUGCAAGGAACUAGGGACUCAUGACCACAAUCCUCACCCAUGCUAUGUCAUGCUCUGUUGUCAACUUUCCAGAAUUUCCCUGGAGGCCACCUCUCUGCCCACAGCUUAAGGAGGAGGAGGAGGGAGGGAGUGGUCAGGUGGUUGCCAGGGUACUCUGAGUGGCCUUUGUCUCUGUCAACAAUGGCCCCAGGGGCCUUCUUGGCCUGAGCCUGCAGGGA